AUGUCCCGGACAGCGCUUGUUACAGGGGCCAGCGGCCUGCUUGGCCGUCAGGUUCUCAGGACGUUCCAGCAAGACGACAAUUGGAAGGUCACCGGCCAGGGAUUCAGCAGAGCAUCGCCGCCACAGAUACUCAAGGCAGACCUCACGGUGCCCGCUGAGAUCGAGAAGCUGCUCGACGACGUGAAACCCCAAGUAGUCGUCCAUUGUGCUGCGAAUCGGUUCCCAGACAAGUGCGAUGCGGAUCCGUCUCUCGCUCGUAAAAUCAAUGUAGAGGCCACCAGGGCCCUCGUACAUGCAACGGCGUCCAGAUCCAUUCUGCUCAUCUACAUCUCCACCGACUAUGUCUUCUCCGGUGUCGAGGGUGAGGCUCCAUAUGAGGUAUCCUCGCCCACCAACCCACCUAACAUAUACGGCGUGACGAAACGCGAUGGCGAGGCAGCCGUGUUGGAAGAAACAUCAGGCUCCGGACUGGGUGUUGUACUGCGAAUUCCCGUGCUGUACGGCCCUGCAACGACCAACAGCGACAGUGCUGUAAACGUACUUCUGGACGCGGUCAAGAAGGCCCAGGAUGCCAACGCGGGAGUCAAGAUGGACGACUGGUCGAAGCGCUAUCCUACUCACACGGAGGAUGUUGCACGGGUUUGUCGUGAUAUUGCCGUAAAGUAUCUCGAUGAACGGCAACAGGCUGCAAGUCUGCCUGCCGUUCUUCAGUUCUCUUCAGAUGUGCAAACAACAAAAUAUAAGAUGUGUGAACUGUUUGCUGAGCUGCUCGGCGUGUCUAUCCCUGGCAUGGUGAGGGUUACUGAUGGCGGCAAGCCGGGUGAAGGUGUCCAGCGGCCAUAUGAUACCCAUUUGUCUACAAGAUCGUUGAAGGAUAUUGGAAUAUCUGCUGACACACAGGAUUUCAGGGCAUGGUGGUGA